CGUAAAGCAUUUUCUCGUGGCCUGCGACUCGGGAUUCGGUCAUCGGUUCGCAUUCUCUCUCGUAGCUCAAAUAUUUGAGGUUUCUGUCCUCCCUUCGCCUUGAUUUUUCCGGCAAUUGGAAAACGAAGAAGAUGAAGAGAUCGGUGAGCGCUUCCAGAGUCUCCGAUAAGGUGUUGUUGAGUUCGCCGUCGUUGUCGUCGUCGUUGCAAUCCGCAGUCUUUAGAUCUUCUAGUGUGAGUUCCGGCUUGGACUCAGAGCUUUACCUACCGACGUACAAUCCGUUCUCUCACGCGGCUGAAAAAGAACGUCGCCGUCUUAAGCUUGCCAAGAUCUUCAUCCACUUCAUUCCCGUCGUCGUCGUCUUCUGCGCCGUCGUUCUCUGGUUCUUCUCCGAUCCAGGACAACAAAUAUAGACAGAGCUGUUUCUUCAGAGACCUUACUGGAAUGGUCAGCUACUUGAAGCAAAGCAUGUGAUCUUGAUGAAUGGUGUACUGAACAAGAGGACAAUAAAGCCUAUGCUCAGUAAGUAUGCAGGCAUAAGAUGUCACUUUAUAAUAGUCUUUCCUUUGAAUGAUAGGCUUACUUUGCUUCGAUUACUUAUGUUAAAACGAACAUCUCAUCGUGUCGGUUGGUUAUCCUCGUGUGACUAACCAUUAAAACCGUAGUUUACUCGAUACUUAUACAGCUAUGAAACUGAUGUUAGCAUGUGUUCAUUGAGAUAGAGAGAGGAGUGAUUUCAAGUG